GAGAGAGAGAGAAAGAAAGCGAGAGAGAGAGAGAGAGAGAGAGAUCCAAGGACAGACGGCACUGAGGGGAGGAGGAAACAACACUCUCUCAGCAGUCACACCUACACCACAGCCUCCGUAACAGACAGAACACAUCUUGACAUUGGGAGGAAGAUGCAUGUCUACAUCAGAGGAGCAUCCAGGACGGGAGAAUAGCUCCAAAAGCUGCUGAGACAAAUACAUGCCAGAGGACUGCACACAGAGAGGAAGAGGGAGCGCGGAGAAGCCCAGAGGGAAGGACAUUUCAGAGAGGGCAAAACCAGAGAGGAAGAGGCAAAAACUGCAGGUUUUAUUCUGUGGCUUAGAGAGAACAGCAGACCCUUAAAAAGCUGCCUUUUUCUGAGGGUGUUCCUCAUCCUCUCUGCACACGGACAUCCACUCUGUCCUUUACUGUCUGCAGAGAGCUCCCUGUUCCUGCGAGGUUAUAGUCUCCGUGCUUUAGUAAAAAGAGACUGCUUUACAGUCCGAGACCAUGAGCGAGACGAAGAAAGGCGAGCUAGCCAUCCGGGAUAAAGCCAUCCUGCACCAGCAGAGGCGUCUGAAGCAGGCCACCCAGUUCUCACACAAGGACUCCGCUGACCUCCUGCCCCUGGAUGGGCUCAAGAGACUGGGCACGACCAAGGACCUGCAACCUCACAGCAUCGUGCAGCGCCGCCUGAUGGAGGGAAACAUCACGCGGCUGCGGGGGGAGGCCCGGGACGCCAACGGCCGGGUUCGCUCCCCGCUGGCCGACUACAAGGACGGACCCGCCGACGCCGAGGAGAAGAGCGAGAGCACCGCCGACGACUCCACGGAGGAGCACGAGUCUCUGGAGGAGAGCGAGAGGAGCCUACGGUCGGACGAGGAGGACGACAGCAGCGAGGCCGGAGCCAGACAGACGGCGGAGAAGACGGAGAGCUCCACCCUCCUCACAGCUCUGGUUGUUCAAUGCAAGUGCUGCGAGACCGAAGUCAAGGCAUCCAUCAACACCGGCAGCCAACAUAACCACAUCUCCAGCUCCUGCUGCCAGAGGCUGGGACUGGUUCCCAUUCAGGGCAGUUCACCAUGCGAUGGCAGCAGCUCAGUGACCGGUCUGCAGCUGCAGCUGGGCAGACAGACGGUCCAGUGUUCAGCCUACGUCAAAGAGGAUGAGGCGUUUGAGCUGUGCCUGGGUCUUCAGACUGUGUUGGAACUUAAAUGCUGCCUGGACCUGAGUAGUCGUGUCCUGAAGCUGCAUGGCUGCGGAGAGGAGCUGCCUUUCCUGAACCCUUCGACCGACAGCCAGUGCCAACACGACUCCAACGAGAACCUGUGAGCCCGGAAACUCGACGGCGGCGACCACUUCCUCUAAAAUCUCGACUGGUUGCAGCAACGUGGCGCGACGCCGUUCGUGUCUGGACGAGUCCGAUCACAGCGUCUCUCUCACGCUGCCAGAACACGGAUGAGCGUUCGCCAACGUCGUUCUUGAGUUUACAUCGAUGUGUUUGUAGAAACAUUCGCCAUGAUUAUCUCUUAUAAUAAAUUAGUCUAGUUUACAGAGCGGGUGCCGAUCCAAAUCUCUAUGAAUCUAAUCAAUCUUUAUGAUUAUGUUAUACGUUCAAAUCCAGUUCCUCUGUUGAGCUGCUUGGAUACACUGAUGCUCUCUAAAAAGGGAAAACCUUUAUAAUCAUUUAAAGUGAACUUUAGUGGUAUAUUUUGUGAUUUGGCUGUACAAAUAUUACUUUAAAUCAUCGAGUAAAUAAAUUAAAUUGUAAAUCAUUUCAGUUUAGAUGAUAUGAAAGGAAUUGUUUCAUACUUUGGGAGUCAUGCUAGUAAAUUUGCUUACGAAGCUAUAUGAGAAGAUGACCUAUAGCUAGUCGGUUAGCUUAGCUUAGCAUAAAGACUGUAAACAAUGGAAAACAGCUAGCCUGCCUCUGUCCACAGGUAAUAAACCUUUGUUUAAUUCGUACAAACACUGAAUAUAUCAAGUUGCAGUUUUACGGUAAAGUUAGUCCAGUCAAUAAUCUAGCUGCUAGCACAUAAACCCUCGUGAAAACCUCAACUCCUUCAGUGUUUGCAAUGAUUUAACUACUGGCUCAUAACCUUUUAUAAGUUUGGACAGAGCCAGGCAAGCUUUUUCCUCUUGUUUCCAGCCUUUAUGCUAAGCUAAGCGACUGCAGCUACAUAUUGAACAUACAGACAUGAGAGAGGUAGAAAUCUUCUCACCCUACUCUCAUCGAGAAUGUGAAUAAGCGUAUUUCCAAAUUGUCAAACUAUUCCUUUAAGAAUCAGCAUGACCUGUCUGAAAAGUGUCGGUACUCAGGAUCCCCUUUCCAGUGUGUUCAAAGGACAUUUUGAGAAGUUCAUUGAGGUCUUGUGUAAUUAGGUUUGGAUCAAACUGCCUCUUGAAGAGACAAGGCCGUGUUCUCGUCUAGAAUUUUUAAAAGAGAUCUGAAGAAAACCAUUUUCUGAUUUACUUCUAUUCAGCUUUAUAAAGCCCCUUUGCUUUUUCUUUCCCCAUCAAAAGACUGAGGUUUAGUUUUCCAAGAGCUCACUCCCAGUCCGCCACAGCCGCCUAGACUGAACUACACUAGUUCCCUGUAAAGCCCCUCUAAUAAAAAUAGACGUCAGGCCAUAUUUGACUCGGCUACAGAAAUAUCAAAAACAUUCCAUCUGCAUGACUUUGUAAAGUUCUGCCUUUGUACAAGUCUGCAUGUUUGUGUACUAGUCUGAUUGUGUGUGAAGGAGCUACAGUAUGUGUGUGUUAGGAGUCGAAGAAGUUUUUUUCAUGCAUUGUUUUGGCUUGUGUUUCACAAGGGAAAAAAAGUGGAUUACGUCCUAAAUUCCCCCCAAAAACGGUCAACCGAGCUCUGGUCAGAACAAGCUGCCAAAAGCCGACCCCAGCUGCCUUCCCAGCUCUGCCUCUAUCAGGAGAUCUUCAUCGCUCCGUUGCGUUUUGUGCCAAGACCCCUUCUUCAAACUCCUCUUUAUACAGAAAUCUGGUUUUCUUUGUGCUAAUAUCACCUUUUUCUUUGUCUGGCGUUAUUGUCACAGGAAACCCCCGACUACAUUGCCACCUGCCUCUCUUUUGUCUCUCAGUGUUUUCAUAGUGUGGAGAAUCAAGAACUGCCUCAGAUCAUGCUGUGCUUUAAUAACACCUGGGCCGAGCCGUGCCGUGCUUUUUGACUGUGCUACAGUAUCCAUCUAACCUCGCCGCGGAGGUCAUCCACACGUAGAUUUGUUCUCUCUUUGAUGUACCAGUGACCUUCCUACGCUGUAUGAGAGGGAAUCGAUGUGUGACAGAAAUUUAUUUUUGGUGUUUCUCUUCUUCUGAACAGUAUUUUCUCUGCCUAAUAAAAAUAUGUAUU